GAAUGUUCCUCGUACCGUGGUGCGAAGCCGGAUAGGAGCCGGUCGGGUCCUUGGGCUGGCUCGGUGUUGGGCUCCAUCGAAUGCACAGUGCAGCGUGCGGGGUUGUCUCCAGAAGGCUUCCCUUUUCAGGCUAGGGGCAAUCCGGCAGACACAUGUGCUUUGUUCCUUUUAUAAAGCCGCGGCAACCCCCGGCAUUUGCACCGAGGGACCUCUGUGCCGACAGCCAUUGCCAAACCAAGCCUUUACACCUUUUCCUCUUCCUCUCCACCUCUUUUCAAUACCAUGAGACUCGCAGCCAUCAUGAUAGCCGCAUCCGCCGCUGCUCUUUCGUCUACUGCAGCCUCCAUUCCCGGAGCGGUCAGCGUCUACCACACCGGGCCCUUUCUGACUUCGAGCACCACGCGGUUUGGCGCGCUCAUCGAGGGAGCUGCAGUCGACAAGGACGGGAACUUUUAUGCUGUGCACUAUGGCGACAACAAGGCAGCCAUCGGCCGGGCGUUUAGCUCGCAGAAGAGCCUGUUUGAGGACAAGGCCAAGCCCAACUCGUGGUUCAACGGCAUUCGCUUCCACAUAGACAAGCAGGGCAUCCAGGAAGCGUAUCUGGCUGAUGUCGUCAACCACCGCGUUGUGCGGCUGCGGGAUGUGGGCAAGAACGGCAAGUUCGCGCAUUCCGAGACCUUCUGCCAGAGCCCCAAGAUCCUGCAGCCCAACGACCUGGCUAUUGCACACACGACCGGCCGCAUCUUCCUGUCAGGCAUGCGGUUCACGCCUGAUUCGGUCGUCGGCGACGGCGAUCUUUGGACGUGCGACAAGAGCGGAAAGGCAAAGAAGCUGGGCGAGUUCUACCGCACCAAUGGUAUCGAGGUCAGCCCUGAUGAGAAGACGCUGUAUCUGUCGGAGGCUAUCAACAAGGGCGGCGAGGUCGUGUCUAACCAGAUUCUGGCAUUUGACCUGGACGCCUACCAGGGCAAGAUCUCGAAUCGGCGCGUGUUUGUCGAUUUCGCAACCCUCGAUGGCACUGCUGGGAACGAUGUCGAUGGCAUGCGUGCUGAUGUCGACGGCAACCUGUAUGUGGCCCGGUGGGGAUCAGGCAAGGUGGCCAAGAUCUCGCCAAAGGGCAAGCUGCUGGCGUAUUUCCAGCUGAGCAACAUCAAGGAGGUGACCAACCUGGAGCUGGCUGGCCCCAAGGGCAAGGACCUGUUUGUUGUCGGUGCUUGCGUCGACAACCCCGCCAAGGGAUGUGUCGAGCGCUUUGUUGGCAACAAGAGCCAGGGCCGUGCCUUCGCCAACCUGCAAAAGAAGAAGCACUGAUUUAUCCCCCUUCCGCAGAAUAUGCCGCAAAAAAUUGCGAUCUG